AGGGAAGGAAGGACAGAGACAGAGGCCAAGGAAGGAAAGGGGAUUAAGAAAGGGAGCAGCAGAGCAAAAAAUAAAAAGGAAGAGAUGGCGGCAAAGGGGAAAAGCUCUCAGACAGAUAGAAGGACAGGAAGGACAGCAGCCUGUUGCACAGGCCCAGUGACAGCCCAGCAGGAAGAGACCAGCAAGACUGAAGAGCUGGGGACAAAGGAGGGACUGGAAGUGGCAACAGGCACCUGUAACAGGGCUGUGCAGACAGGUGACAUGAUGGGUAAACUUACAAACUCAGAAAGCGUGGGACAGGCCAUGAAGCAGGGACACAGACAAAGACCCUGAGUUCUGGGCAGGAGUCAGGAUAUUGUGAUGAUAUAGCCCAAUACACCCACUGACUCUUACAGUAUUUUGUUUUCCUUUGAGGCAGUCUCCUUAUGCAGUCAGGAUGACCUUGAACUCACUAUGUAGCCCAAGCUGGUCUCAAACUCAUGGCAAUCCUCCUGCCUCAGCCUCCCAAGCGCUGGUAUUACAGGCACGCACUACUACACCUGACUAAAAGGGGACUUCUAUACCCAGUGGGGAUGUGGGCGAAGGUUGGAAGUCCUAAAGGGUAGGACAAUCUGGACCAUGGGAACCUGGACUUCUAGUUCCCCAGACAGGAGGAAGCCAGAGCUUGGAUUCCUGGGCCUAAGAGUGGAUGAGAUGAGAGACAAUGUCUUUCAUCCGUGUUCCUUUAAGAGCCUCAGUGCGUUGCUAGGCUCCCAGGAUCCCCAAGGAGGGGGUCAGGUGCGUCACCUGUGCACCUAUGGGACCCUAUGCUGCCCCACCCAGAGUCAGUCUGCAGCGUUCACCUGUUUCUGCCUUCAGCCUCAUUCACCUGCUGCUCCCCUGGACCCCACUGAGCAGCUAGAGGCAUCUCCCUGCGCUAUGAAAUUCUACAGUCCGAUUCUCUUUCUCCUCGUCUUCCUCCUCGCCCUCCUGGGCUCCCAGGCUGCACCUUCAGUCUCUCCACCCGAGGGCUCCCAUUUCCAGGUGAUGGGCCACUCCGAGGCGACCUCCCCUGGCGCUUCUGAAAACACCACUGGAGACUGGCCUAACAUGCAAUUCUCUGGGACUGUUCAUCCUGAGCCCCCCAAAAUGCCUCAUGCAGUUUCCCCUGAGAACACCCCCCUCGAUGUCACUGAGACCCCCAGGCCUGAUCUCCUAGAAACCCCACACCCACAGUCCCCUGAGACCCACCAGCCUGACCCACUCACAACCUCAGAAGCAGAAUCCCUGGACAGCCGCCUUACUAACCCGUCCAAAGCAGCACUCCCAGAACCUUCUGAGAUGCCGGAUCCUACCCUGAUAGACACUUCACACCUCGGCUCUUCUGAGACCCCCACACCUAGUCCCUCAAAACCGAUACCCUCAAAAUAUCCUGAGACCCUACCUACUAACCAUAUGCAGUCCACCCACCAAGAGUCCCCGGAGAUCCCCACACUCAACACGACAGAAAUCUCACACUUUAAAAACCCUGACCCCACCAAGCCUCUUGAAACCGAAUCUCUAGAAACCCAUGAUCCUGGCACCACUGAGACCCCCAAUUCUCAAUUCCCCCUGAUCAUCCAUCCUGACCCCACAGAGAUCCAUCACCCCAGCCCUCCUGAAACGCUCCAAACAGAACUCCCCACAUCCCAGCACCAGGAUGCAACCAAGAUCCCCAAAACUUUCGCCCCUGAAGUCUCCACUGGUUUGCACCCUGAAACUUCUGCAUCCGUCAAGGACGUAGCCACUGCCCUCAGUGAGCUGCACCUGGGUCCCUACCCCACCCUUGCGGCCACCCAGCCUGAUGCCUCUCAACCGCCUACCUCAGAUUCUCCUGGGACCCGUGAACCAAAGGCCCUCCAAAACUCUGACCCCAAAGGCCUAAGAGCCCCUCCACCUUUAGCCCGGAUUGUGGGCCUCCCUGCUCCUCCAGAGCCCCCCAGUCAGCUGCUCCCUGCAACUCCUCGGGCUCCUCAGCGGCGCAGCCGAGAGGAAAGAGUAAAUACUAUCAUCGUGGUGGAGCACGUGAAAGAGACCGGCGUGACUCUCGUGGGGCGCCCACGCGGCUCGACUGGAGGCGCCCUAUGCCUGUUCUUUGCUGGGACUGGGCUUUUGAUCUUCAUCGUCCUGCUGCUCUGGUGUCUCUACCGGCGGGCUGCCCGACACCGGCCCUUCGCACACCACCCGCUUCCGGACAGUGGAGACGAACCGGUUAUACAUCUGGAUGCCCCAAAGGAGCCCUACGACCUCUACUUUUAUGCGCCCGAUGCCUGGAUACCUUCACACAUCUCUACCAAACAGCCGCCACCCACACCCCCGCUGCCACCCAAGCUCCCCCCACCGCCCCGCGGGGGAUGCCCCCAACGCCUAGAGCCACUGUCCCCCGAAACGCUCCCCAACAACUUUGUGUGAGCCCCUUCAGUCCCUGCAUGUUCACAAGAGAGCAAGAACCCCUGUGUCCUGUCCUCCUGGAAGCUUUGCUACUUAGUGGGCCUCUUGGAUAAAGAGUCCAGCACACAGGUGCUUUCAAUGGCAACUGGAGAACUCUGGGCUGAAUAA